UCAAAAUAUUAAGCUAAGAAUGUUAUAUUUAAUAGAUCAAAACAGUGCCAGAAAAAAUAAAUCAAAAGACAUUAUCAAAAUCAGUUAAAAUUAAUAUUGGAGCAAACCACAAAGUUCAGUAUUUAAAAUGGAUCAUCAAAUGGUUGGAUGUUGGGACUCUGUGCUGUUGGAGAACGAGUCAGAAAAUUGCUUCAUUUCAAACCUUAAUUUACGGUUUAAACGUGAUAAUAUAUAUACAUACAUCGGAUCACAUUUGAUCUCAAUAAAUCCAUAUUGCAAACCUUCGACAAUAUUUUCUCCAGAUUUAAUAAAUAUUUAUACAGAAAAGAGUUUGUUUCAAUUGCCGCCUCACAUAUACUCAUUGACAAAUAGUGUUUUUAAGUCUCUUCAAGAUAACAAUGAAGAUCAAUGCAUUGUUAUGCUUGGUGAAUCAGGAAGUGGAAAAACAGAAAACUGUCGAAUGAUCAUAAAAUUCUUAUCGAUUAUUUCGGGAAAAGUUGUUCCUCUUCAACGUCAACGUAGUUCAACUUCAUUAAUAAGCUUUAAAAGCACCACAAAUUCAUCAUCAUCAACCCCAAAACACAAAUCUUCAACACCUGUUAACACUUUUCAUCACCACGAGAAAACAAGUUGCUUUAAAUCUGAUGGCAAUGUGAAAAAUAAAAAAGUGUCACGUGUUGAAUUUGAUUUUUCGUAUCAAAAAUGUAAUGACAGUGAUUAUAAGCAAGAUACGAUAAAGUUUUGUCCGAAACACAAUUGUUGUAAUCAGAUAAUGUCAUCGUCAUCAUCCAAUGCAUCCAAUCCAAUCGAUAUUCCUAAAAGAACUUUUCUUCCAUCAAACGAAUUACCAACAACGUCAAGAAGUUUCACGGUGUACGAAAGUAUGAAUCGAGUUAAUCAACCGAAAAUACCUAAUUGUCUAGAUCUUCAUUUGGAUCAAAAGCAGCAAAUUAAAGUCAAGUGUGAAAGUUUAGAUCUCAUAAGUGUUGCAAAAGAAAGUGCAAAAAAUAAAGUUAGAACAGUUGACGUUUGUUCAUCACUUGAUGAGAAAAUUUAUGUGCGGAACGCGACUGAUAAAAUUGAUUCAAAAAAGUCUAGCGCUUAUCAAAUGUCUUAUAGUAAGAACAACAUAAACUUGGAUAACUUUAAAAGUGCCAAACGAAAAGUGCCAACAAAGAAUUUAUCAAAACUUCACACUCAACUUAAUGGUUUGGAAAUUCAGGCCAUGAAAGAACGAAUCGCACAAGCUGAAAUAUUUCUAGAAGCAAUGGGAUGUGCUGCAAUCGAACGGAAUAGAGAUUCAAGUAGAUAUGGAAAAUACUUUGACUUAGAAAUUGAUUAUCGUGGUGAUUUAAUCGGUGGACAUGUCAUGCAUUUUCUAUUGGAAAAGAGUCGAGUAACAAAAUCACUGGAUCGAGAACGAAACUUCCAUAUUUUUUAUCAGUUACUCGCUGGAGCUGAUAUUCAUUUUUUAAAAUCGUUGAAACUUCAACGCAAUAUCAAUAAAUACGAGUUACUUAAAGACACCAACUCGGAUGAUAAUGACAAAUCACAAUUCAUUCGUACCAAGAAAUCGCUUGAAAUUCUGGGAUUUUCAAACGACGAAAUCUUAUCGAUCUUUAAGAUCAUCGCCGUAGUGUUGAAAUUAGGAAAUUUAAAUUUUAUUCCCAUCACGAAUAUUGAUGGAACUGAAGGAUGUGAAAUCUCGAACGAUUACGAAAUUCGAGAUAUCGCACAGUUAAUGGACAUAGAUGAACAAAUUUUAUUUAAUUGCUUGACAAAAUCGGGAUCAAGUUGGCUUCAAAUCGAAAACGGAUCAGAACUCGAUGCUAUAAAUGCCAAUUUAAUUAACAAAGCUUUGUGUCGUACGCUUUAUGGGAGAUUAUUUACGUUUGUUGUUAGUAAAAUUAAUGAUUCGUUAAAGAUUAAAAAUCUUACAAAUCGAGGACGUAACUUGGGAAUUUUGGAUUUUUUUGGCUUCGAAACACUCGAUAAAAAUAGUUUUGAACAAUUGAACAUCAAUUAUUGUAAUGAAAGAAUCCACCAAAGUUAUAUUCAAACAGUUUUAAAAUAUCAACAAGAUUUAUAUCUAAGGGAAGGGCUUGAAUGGACCAAAAUUGAUUUCUAUGAUAAUCAACCAAUUUGUGAACUUAUGGAUAAGCCUCCCUAUGGAAUAUAUUUUCUCAUGGAUGAACCAAAAGUGACAACGAAUGAAAUUCUUUUACAACGUCUUGGUCAAUGCUGGUCAGGUCAUACAAGUUUCUCGACACAAGAUCACAUUCCACCGAAUUGCUUUCAAAUAAGACAUUUUGCUGGCACAAUAAAUUAUUCAAUUUGCGGAUUUGUGGAGAAGAACACCGACAAAAUACCUAAACAUCUAAGCUCAGGUUUAUACCAGAGUAAAUUGGCAAUAGUACAAAAUUUAUUUCCCGAAGGAAAUCCCAAACGAGCUUCUAAAAAACCAACAAACUGUUGUUCAAUUCUUCGUACAUCACUGCAAAAUCUUUUAUCAAAAGUUGAACUUCGUAAGUGCCACUACGUGUUUUGUAUUAAAUCAAAUGAUAGACAAUUGCCCAAGACAUUUGAAGUUUCAAUUGUUCAGCAUCAAGUUCGGUAUAUGAGUUUGAUGCCUGUUGUGAGCUUAUGGAGAAACGGAUUUUAUUUCAAUUUUAGUCACAUGAAAUUUUUAAAUCGCUACAAGAUUUUAAGUCCAUACACUUGGCCACAUUUUAAUUCAAAUUCAGUAGUUGAAUCAAUUGCUCAAAUUAUUCGAAGCGUUCCAUUGCCUGCUGCUGAAUUCGGUAUUGGACUAACAAAAGUCUUCAUUAGAAGUCCAAGAACGCUUUACGAACUGAACGAAUUCCGUAAUUUACGGUUAAAUGCACUGGCAUCAUUGAUACAGAAAACUUUCAGAGGCUACUCACAGCGUACUUACUUUUGCCAGAUGAAACGAAGUCAGAUGAUGAUAUCAAGUGCUUGGCGAACAUGGAGGGCAAAAGCUGAAUAUCGUUUUGCAAAAUAUAAAAAGCAAGUCGAAUGGGCAAUAACAAUAAUUCAACGAUGUUACAUUUUAUGGAAACGUAGACAAUAUCUUCUGACACUUCCUUUACGACUUCAAUCAAAUAGUAUGAGUCCAAUAUGCACAGAAUGGCCUACAGCUCCAAGAUUUCUUAUCGAAACAUCGCAGUUAUUGAAAAGUAUUUUCCAUCGAUGGAGGUGCCAUAAAUAUCGUAAAAUUUUUGAUCAAACGGCACGUAAUCGAAUGAGAGAAAAAGUAACAGCAAGCAUAUUGUUUAAGGAUAGAAAAGCUUCAUACGUGAGAAGUGUCUCACAUCCAUUUCUUGGCGAUUAUGUUCGUCUUAGACAAAAUGUUCAAUGGAAGAAGAUUUGCGUUGAGAAUAAUGACCAAUAUGUUGUGUUUGCUGAUAUCAUAAAUAAAAUUGCACGAUCGAGUGGAAAGUUUGUGCCAAUACUUUUGGUGUUAUCAACUUCUUCAAUGCUACUUUUGGAUCAACGAACACUUCAAGUUAAGUAUCGAGUUCCAGCUUCAGAAAUUUAUCGAAUAUCUUUGAGUCCUUUUCUUGAUGACAUUGCUGUGUUUCAUGUGAAAGCUGAAGCAUUCCCAUGUGAUGAAUCUUCGACUUCUGACAACCCUAGUGGUUGUUUAUUUCAGUCUGAACUUGGAAGGAAAAAAGGAGAUUUCAUCUUUCAAACCGGUCAUGUGAUUGAAAUUGUGACAAAAAUGUUUCUUGUAAUCCAGAAUGCGACAGGAAAGCCACCGGAAAUUAAUGUCAACACUGAAUUCGAUGCGAAUUUCGGUCAACAAACCGUGAUGAUGAGUUUCAAGUGCAGUGGAAUGUCAGAAUUGGCAUCUCAACAAUUGACCAGAGUAUCUCGUAAAGGAAAUAGAAUGGAAAUAAUCAUAUGAAACUAAAAGUAGUGAAAUUUUCAGCAAUAAUUGCGUCAAGAGUCGAAAAUCAAUUCUUCCUUUUUCUGUUUCUUAACUAAUAAAAAGAAAAUUUAAUAAUAAUGAAAAACUGAAGUGCUCUUCUGAUAAAUCAAAUGAAGAAAUUAAAUAUUUACAAAAUCGACAAAAUACGAAUACUGAAUAAAAAUAAUAAAACAAACAAAAUGAAAGAUUUAAUUAUUAUUUCGAUAAUCUCUAAAAGUAUUAAACGCGUGUUGUCGUCGCGGUUUAUUAAAGAAAUUCAUUUUAAUAAUAGAACAACUUUUAACACGGUAUAAUUUUUCACAAUUCACAUAUCACACAUGUUUCAAUUCUUUUAGAUUAACUAAUGUUGAAUUUGUUGUUUAAGAAGUAUUCGUUAGUGAUUACAGAAACUGUAAAAGUUUCUUUCAAAUGAUUCUUGUGCUUCACAAAACUAUUUAAAUUUAUUAUAAAUGAAAUUGUUGCCAAAAAUAAACAAAUUCCCAAUUCGUUUCCACUUCCCUCUAAAAUUUAAAUAGUAGUUGAAUAAGUUGCUGGUAUUCAACUUUCUCACAGCAAUAAAAAUAUUAAAAGAAUAAAAUGUCGAUGCCAAUCAUUAUCAAAACAUUUAAAGAUUUUUAUCAUCAGAAUUUUAUUCGCUUUAAUGACAGACAGAGAGAUAUGAAACAUCAAUUUAAACAUAUCUGUAAUCUCUAAAGUGAUUCAUUAUAAACAAUAUUUCAAAAAGAAAAUUAGAGAAGAAAUUAGCUUUGAUUUAAUUCCACAAGCAUAGCAUUAAUUAUAAUAAAUUCACAAGAAAAUUAGUUAAAUUUUCAAUAUGCACCAAUUUUGUUGAAGAAAAUUUCUAAGUUUGUUGAAAACUUUAAUUUGUAGUUUAUUGAGACACUGCCACACACGACAUUAGUUAAGAUUUAAAGAUGUCAAAGAAAUGUAGAAAAAUAAAAUAAAAAUGACUGAAAAAGAAUUUGAUUUUUA